AGUCUGCCUCUCCUUUCAUUUCUGUUAAAGUGAUUAAUACAGAAAGUCACUAAAUUAUGCCUUACACUUAGCAGGAAGAGGAACUACAGCGGCUACAGACACAGUAAGGAGAAGAGACACAGACAGAGAUGAAGGGUGCAAUAAAACCCUCACGUUUUACUCAACAGCAGAACAAAUCUAACAUGAGCUGCUUUUUUAUUUUUAUUCUCACCAUAACCAGGUUUGACAGUUUUCAGUCAGCAACCAGAAAACUAAAUCUACAAACUGGAGCAUCUGUUACUAUCCCAUGUCAUUAUGAUAAGGAAUAUAUACAACAUAAGAAAUACUGGUGCUAUGAUGCUCAUUCAGCAUUUAAUUACUGCAAAAUUCAGGCAUAUACCAAUAAUACACAGGGGAGAGUGACAGUGACUGAUCACCCAGCUGAGAGUCUCUUUACUGUGACUAUGAAUAAUCUCCAGACAGAAAACACUGGACGGUACUGGUGUGCUGAGGAGAUAGGUGGAAUAUUAACGCCAGAUGUUAAUGAAGAGCUUUAUAUUACAGUAAAAACAGAUCCUGAUCUGUCUGUGAAGGAGAGCAGAGUGAGAGGUGAGGAAGGAGGCAGCGUCACAGUCCAGUGUCUCUACAGCACUGCAUAUCAGAAGGAACAGAAGCAGUGGUGCACAUUCAAAGACAAGAACUGCAACACAUUUCAGAGGACUGAAACAUCCCAGAAUUCAUCAGUGCAGCUCAGUGAUGAUGGGAGAGGAUCCUUCAGUGUGGAGAUGAGUAGACUGAAGAAGAGUGAUGCUGGCUGGUACUGGUGUGGUGCAGGAGAUCUGCAGGUUCCUGUUCACAUCAGUGUCAGUGAUCCACUUCGAGGUAUUAUCACACACACUCAUCCCUGA